GGCGGAGCGUCUGGGCUGUGGGCUGGGUGGCUUUUAGGCCAGCGUUUGCUUGAAAACCGCCGCCGCCGCUAGGCCGGGGGCAGGCAAUGGCAGGGGAUGUGUGAUUGCGGACAGUGAGAGGGCCAUUGCUAUCAUGCCCGGGCGCGCGGGCGUCGCCCGGUUCUGCUUGCUGGCUCUCGCUCUACAGCUACAGUGGCCGCUGGCGGCAUGCGAGCCGGAAUGGACCACAAGAGGAAGCAAAGAAGACAGCCCUCCGCUACAACAUGAACUCAUAAUACCUCAGUGGAGGACUUCAGAAAGCCCCGGGGGAGGAAAGCAUCCACUCACAGCAGAGCUCAGGGUCAUGGCUGAAGGGCGAGAGCUGAUCCUGGACCUGGAGAAGAACGAGCACCUUUUUGCUCCAGCCUACACAGAGACCUGCUACACCGCAAGUGGCAAUCCUCAGACCACCACGCUGAAAUCUGAGGAUCACUGCUUUUACCACGGGACUGUGAGGAAAGUGGAUGAGUCCAGCGUCACUCUCAGCACCUGCCGGGGAAUUAGAGGACUGAUUAUAGUGAGAAGUAACCUCAGCUACAUCAUCGAGCCCGUCCCUAACAGCGACAACCAACACCGUAUUUACAGAUCCGAACAUCUCAAGCUGCCCCCGGGGAACUGUGGGUUCGAGCACUCCAGGCCCACCUCUAAGGACUGGGCCCUUCAGUUUACACAUCAGACCAAAAAGCAACCUCGCAGAAUGAAACGGGAAGAUUUACACUCUAUGAAGUACGUGGAGCUUUAUCUGGUGGCUGAUUACGCAGAGUUUCAGAAGAACCGGCAUGACCAGGAUGCCACCAAACGCAAGCUCAUGGAGAUUGCCAACUAUGUUGAUAAGUUUUACCGCUCCCUGAGCAUCCGGAUCGCGCUUGUCGGCUUGGAGGUGUGGACACACGGGGAUAAGUGUGAAGUCUCAGAGAAUCCAUACUCUACCCUCUGGUCCUUUCUCAGUUGGAGGCGCAAGCUGCUCGCCCAGAAGAGCCAUGACAAUGCCCAGCUAAUCACGGGCAGGUCCUUCCAAGGCACCACCAUUGGCCUGGCCCCCCUCAUAGCCAUGUGCUCCGUGUACCAGUCUGGAGGAGUUAGCAUGGACCACUCCGACAAUGCCAUCGGUGUAGCCUCCACCGUGGCCCACGAGAUUGGCCACAACUUUGGCAUGAGCCAUGAUUCUGCACACUGCUGUUCUGCCAGCGCAGCCGAUGGUGGGUGCAUCAUGGCUGCCGCUACGGGGCACCCUUUCCCCAAAGUGUUCAGUUCGUGCAACAGGAAGGAGCUGGACAGGUAUCUGCAGUCAGGAGGUGGGAUGUGUCUCUCCAACAUGCCAGAUACAAGGACGCUGUAUGGAGGCCGGAGGUGUGGCAACGGGUACCUGGAAGACGGUGAAGAAUGUGACUGCGGAGAAGAGGACGAAUGUAAGAACCCUUGCUGCAAUGCCUCCAACUGCACUCUGAAGGAAGGGGCCGAGUGUGCCCAUGGCUCCUGCUGCCACCAGUGUAAGCUGGUGGCUCCUGGAACCCAGUGUCGUGAGCAGGUGCGGCAGUGUGACCUCCCCGAGUUCUGCACGGGCAAGUCCCCCCACUGCCCCACCAACUAUUACCAGAUGGAUGGCACCCCCUGUGAGGGCGGCCAGGCCUACUGCUACAAUGGCAUGUGCCUCACUUAUCAGGAGCAGUGCCAGCAGCUGUGGGGACCUGGAGCCAGGCCUGCUCUUGAUCUUUGCUUCGAGAGGGUGAACGCUGCUGGUGACACCUAUGGUAACUGCGGCAAGGGCUUGAAUGGCAAAUACAGGAAGUGCAGCCCCAGGGAUGCCAAGUGUGGGAAGAUCCAGUGUCAGAGCACCCAGGCCAGGCCCCUGGAAUCCAACGCAGUAUCUAUUGACACCACCAUUACCUUGAAUGGGAGGCGGAUCCACUGUCGGGGCACCCAUGUCUACCGGGGUCCUGAGGAGGAGGAAGGGGAAGGUGACAUGCUGGACCCAGGGCUGGUGAUGACUGGGACCAAGUGUGGCCACAACCAUAUUUGCUUCGAGGGGCAAUGCAGGAACACCUCCUUCUUUGAGACGGAAGGCUGUGGGAAAAAGUGCAAUGGUCAUGGGGUCUGCAACAACAACAAGAACUGUCAUUGCUUCCCUGGCUGGGCUCCACCUUUCUGUAACACCCCAGGAGAUGGCGGCAGCAUUGACAGUGGUCCUUUGCCCCCUAAGAGUGUGGGUCCUGUGAUUGCUGGGGUGUUUUCCGCCCUCUUCGUGUUAGCAGUCCUGGUGCUAUUGUGUCAUUGCUACAGACAGAGCCACAAACUGGGCAAGCCCUCAGCUCUCCCUUUUAAACUGCGGCAACAGUUCAGUUGUCCCUUCAGGGUGUCUCAGAAUGGUGGAACUGGCCACGCCAACCCAACUUUCAAGUUACAGACACCCCAGGGCAAGCGAAAGGUGACUAACACCCCUGAAACUCUCCGGAAGCCCUCCCACCCUCCUCCCCGGCCCCCUCCGGACUACCUACGAGUUGAAUCCCAUCCUGCACCACUGCCAGCACAUCUGAACAGGGCUGCUGGGAGCUCGCCAGAAGCUGGAGCUCAAAUAGAAAGAAAGGAAUCAGCCAGAAGACCUCCCCCAAGCCGGCCCAUGCCCCCUGCACCUAACUGCCUACUGUCCCAGGAUUUCCCCAGGCCUCGGCCACCUCAGAAGGCACUCCCAGCGAAUCCUGUGCCGGGCCAAAGGACUGUUCCCAGGCCAGGAGGCACCUCCCUGUUUCAUCCCCCUACUACUGGUCCUCAGCCUCCCAGGCCUCCAGCAGUGUCUGUUCCAAAGCUUCCUGAGUACCGAUCACAGAGGAUUGGAGGGAUAACCAGCUCCAAGAUCUAGACGUGUCUAGAAGUUUCUUGUUUCGCUUGAAGACUCCGGAUGCCAUGGAAGGUCCAGAAGGAAGAAGCCUGCUUGGCCACCCUGAAGCUUCUCCAGCCUUCUGGAACCCACCUCAUCCCCAGAAUCUCCCUUCUUGCCCUAGUGCCUCCUGCUCCCUCUGAGGCCCAGAGGGUCUCAUAGCCGAUGGCUUCUAAGUGUUGUCCUGUGCAAUAUACAGCCCGGGUAGGAAAGGGAGACAUGUGGAGGAGGCUUGGGGACGAUUCUCCCUCAGCCCGCUAGCCAAGAGCUACCAACAACGCUCAGGGAAGUCUUGAGCUGGGGUCCUCCUGUGCCGAGCUUGGAGAAGGUAUCCAUCCGGGUCCUCUGCUGGCAGGUACACACAGGAGCUUCAGUGAUUGGCCUCCCAGGCUGGGCCUUACCGUCUCUUUGCUUUUAUGGCCCAAGGAAGCUGCAUCCCUGCCCCAAGGCUUGGUCAAGGUGCCUGUUCCUGGCUAUGUGGCUGCAUGUGACAAGCCAUGCUCCCCCACAUCCCCAACCAUUCUUCACAUUCCCACUCCCAUAUUUACAUGGGUCACUCUGACUCAGACAGGUACUAUUUGUAAGUAGUGUAGACAGCAGGGGGGAGCGGUCAGCCUGUGUCCCCUCUGAGCCGUGACGCCAAAGGUUGCUAAGGACUUUUAGAAUCCCCAGCCGUACAUCCCAGUGUUCCAUGUGUCCCCUUCUCCUCCUCUUUCAGCAUCCCUAGCCUAUGGUGCUUUGGUGGUGGACCACUGCAGUCCUGACUUGCUGGUGACUAUAUGCUAGUGACCUCCAAAUCAGGAUCCUGCCUCAUGGGGUAGCCACUGGACUUUCUGCACUGGAUCGCAGAGCAUUGAGCCGAGGGGUGUGUGUGUGUGUGUGUGUGUGUGUGUGUGUGUGUGUGUGUGUGUGAGAGACAGUGAGAGAGAGAGACAGGCAGGCAGACAGACAGACAGACAGCUCUGCAUGUACUUGUAUUUUAUGGCCUCAAGCAGGAUAAGGGGCCUCCUUCCUUAUUCCUGACCUAUAUCUAAGUAAGGUUCUCCAGGACAGCCACAGUUAUACUGAGGGGGACUGACAUGUUUGGAAUCCUGGCUAUUAGUAACGUCUAGGCAGGGGCACCAGCCCCUCCCUAGUGGUCAGCUCUGAGGUGAGAUUGUUGACUAUGAACAGAUCACAGUUGACAGUCACGGUUAACUCUCUUCAACCAUGCCCUUCCAUCAAUUCUCUCCUGGUUACUGCUCCUAUGUGAUUGUCUUGGAAGAUGCUGGGAGGUGGGAAUGGGACUGGCAUGGACCUCCUCUUGCUUGGUGCUCUGCCUCCUAGAACAGUUUUCACACAUGGAGGCUAUCUUCCACCCCCAAAAAGGUGCUAAUAGCACUCCAGAGGGUUCUCUAGGGGCCUUCCUGCCAACCGCAGCGAGCAAUUGUUAGCUCUUGGAACCCUCCAGAGGAAGAGGCAAGCUUUUGACUCCCCAUUUACCACCCCGAGGCCUCCUUCUAUCUCUUCACAGAGACAAGUGAGAGAUACGGCAUACAUGGCUGGCGGGUAGAAAGAUCUCAGGAAAACAUCUCUUUUCUUUUCAGGGUGACUGUGCUGUUCACACUCUCUGAGUGUGAUCCAAAAGCUUACUUAAGGCCUUGGUCCAUCUCCUGUAUCAGUGUCUCAUUUCUGUGCUUUACCAGAUGCCCAGUAACUACAGGUUGGGCCCUAGAAAUAGAGGCCACCCCGAUUCUCACCACAAAGUUAGAAACCCUCCACUUUCUUUCCCUUGAGCCACAUCAGAAAAAAGACCCAUUUCCUUGCUCAUUGGCAAUCACUUCGGUUUUUUUCUCUUUCGUUACUCUCGUACCACCUCCACCCCAUAAAACUAUACUGUGAACCGUAAGAGGGCAGGAUUUUUUAACUCAGUAGAAAUGUUGGCAGCUACUCUCCAAAAGCCAGGGAGGCUGUCACAGGUAGGAAUCCCUUCCCGUCUGCAUUGUAGGUCCCAUACAGGUGUACCUAGGCUUCAAAGACAGGGCUCGUCCCAAAGGAUUGUCACUUAGGAGAUGAAAGAAUAUUACCACACGGGGAGGGGGUGCUUGCAACAGAACACUUCAGUCUACCUACACCAAGUCUGUGAGGGCAUGCAAGACUGAAAAGGACUUUUCUUAUGCACAGAAAGAGAGCAAGACUAGAAAUAACUGUCCAAGGCGUCUCUGUUCCUGGCCACUGAAGAGAGAUGUCAAAAGGCCUUGAAUAGGUCAAAGCCAAGGCUCCAGUGGGCUGAGGGAAGGUUUGGAGCUGGAUUUCGUGGUGUACACCUUUAGUCCCAGGAGAGGUAGGUGAAUCUCUUGAGUAUGAGGGUAGCCUGGUCUAAAAAGGAAGUUCUAGGACAGCCAGGGCCACACCGAGAAAAAAAAAAAUCAACUCUACAAAAACAAGUAAAAAUUAAGACAGGAUCUCAAGUAUCCUAGGUUGGCCUUCAAGUCACUUCAAAAGAAGAGAAAGAAAACUGAGGGUGACCUUUGAACUCCUGAGUGUUGGCUUCUUCCCGAGUGCUAAGCCUGCCAGUGUGUGCUACCAUGCUUCAUGUGGUCCUGGAUUCAAACACAGACCUUCAUGUGUCUAUAGGCAACCACUCUACCAACUGAUCUACAUCCCUCAGCCCCAGCCCCUGCCAACCUUAGAAUUGCAAAGCCAUUUCUGACCUGUAAACCUCAGCUCCCAAUCUCUGUAAGAUGUGCAGCCUUGGCUAAUCCCUUCCACACUGCAACUCCCUGCUUGCUUCCUAUUCCUUCUAGCCUUGGUGACUUCCACUCAUAAGAGAAAAGCCCCCUUUUCACCCCUGCUCCAAAACAUUGUAGAUGUUAGGGUCUGGAUGCUCUCUGCAAUUCAACAGUCCCUUCUGUUGCAGUAGCCCCCUGCCACACUCCAGUAAUCCUUCAGUGUCUCCUCUGGGCUCAAUCAAUUUGCUUAUUUGACAAAGUGAGCGUGAGACUUGUAUUCUUAAAAUUGGAGGUUAGUCAUUUUGUCAAAUGCGUGUCAUGACAGACCCAAAAGGACUCCACACACAAGCCAGGGACACCAACUGGAAAGGUGCCCCUCCCCCAGGGAAGCCUGCUAGGGAGAGGUUCUGUAGAACCCAAGCCCAGCAGCCCAAAGUCAUGCACCCAGUGUCCUCUUGUAUGACUGUGUAAAUGUCUGUCUGGGAUCCAGGGCAAAUGUGAAUUUUCUUUUGAUUUGGGAGAUUGUUCACAGGAAAUAGUCCUCUCCUCUCAUGUCCUCCUAUUGAUUGUUUACAAUAUUUGUACAUCUAUGCAAAAUACUUGAAUGGGCCGUGGUGCCUUGUUUUGUUUUUUCUUGUUUUUUGUUUUUUUUCCUCCUUGUUUGUAUUUAAUUAAAACAAAUUGUCAUUAGGAAA